UUCGUACUGAACUGUGGGAUAUCCAAGAUGGCAGCGCCCAUGUGAAAUCACGUCGCUCGGACCAAGAGAAAAAGCUUAGACGGAUUUAAUCGAAAACUCCGGCCCAAACUCCUGCCACAAACAGAGGAAGGUGUUCAGUCAAGUUAUUAUACAUCAUCAUGCUGUUGUCAAAAAUAUCAAGAGCUGCACUCGGCCAAACUGCCAGAGUUCUGAGCAGAGAUUACAGCCAGCACUCACGUCCAUUCCUCGUACAGUCCCACAUUCUGUACCAACACCAGGGGGCAUCAUCCUCUCACAGGUGCAGACUGCAUUCAUGGAAAGAGUCUUGCCCACAGCAGUCGACUUCUUGUCUUCUACCUAGAUGUUAUAGUUCCAAGUCCACAGAUGGUAUGAAUGGUAGUGACAAAAUAUGCCAGACAGAAAAAGCAGCAAGCAAAGAUACAACUACGUCUGACAGUCCUUCCUGUACUUCACAAAGUGGCCCUGUUUCUAGUGUAGAAAAUGUACACGAUGACAAUGAUGUUGUGGAGAGCGUGGAUGUGCUAGCUCCCCGAGCUCCUGAGAUCUUCAGGGAACUGUCGGAGCUGGACAGUCUGGACCUCAGUCAGGAGGAGAAGGAGUGGAAGAGGGCACAGCUGGAGCUGGAGCUCAUGUUUGAGAGGUAUGAUGUAGAAAAAGUGACCAUCACCGAUCGCCAUAUUGAGCAGUUUAUGGGUCUUCACACCAAUAAGGCCAGACAGAAAUUUGUCAACUACAUGAUCAAAACUGAAUACAAGAAGAGAAGUUUUGCAGAGAAGAAGGCAGCCAAACAACAGCGUAGGAAGGAGCUGCUGGAAGGAGCCCCGCCCAGAAGUACCACCUUCCAGCCCAUGAUCUGGGGCAGGAAAAUGGACGUGUUCCAUGGCUGGAACCAGGCCAGGAACAUGAUGUUUGGCUCUGAUCUGGUGUUUGACUUCAGCUAUGAAGAUGAGAUGCAGUUCAGGGAAAAGAUCAACCUGUGUGACCAACUGAACGAAGCGUGGGGAGCCAACCAAAAGGACACAGAACCAUUCCACGUGCACCUUGUAAACUUCUGCCCCGACGGACAGACCUACAAGGAGCUGGGUCGCAGCCGUGGGUACGAUGAAGACUUUGCUGAUAAGAUGUUAGGGACGGUUACAGAGAAGUCUUAUCUGGACUUGUUUCCUAAGGAGAAACUGGUGUACCUCACGGCAGACUCACCCCACGAGCUCAGAAAGUUUGACCCUGACAAAGUCUACAUUGUUGGCGCCCUCGUGGACAGGAAUCUCACCACAAACCUGUCUUACGCCAAGGUGAAACGUGAGGGUAUAGCCAGCGCUGCCCUCCCCCUGGACAGGUACCUGUGGUGGGGGCUGGGUGACAAAGUCCUCACCUUAGACCAGAUCAUGAAGAUCAUGCUGACACUGAAACGUACCAACGAUUUUGAGGCUGCACUCAGGCACGUGCCCACCCGCAAACACCACGGGCUGAGAAGUGAGCUGGCAAAGAAGAACAUCCGCCCAGGGAUGGGCGGGAACAAGUUUCAGUAUCAAAGGAGAGGACAGCAGAUGAGACAUGUGAGGGAACAGCAGGAUUCCUUCCCUAGAGUCGACAGAAGAAAAGCAAAGGCUUGGUUUGAUGAUUAAAGUCACUAGAUACAUGAUACAGAUGAUUAAAAACUACAAGAGAUAAAGAAAAAUGCCCAUCAGGGAAAAACAGAUCUGUCAUCCCCAAAAAAGCACUCUGUACAGAAGAGAAGAAAAUCUAAGAAAUUGAAAAUUUCACUGUGCAAUUAAAACCUAAUUAGACCAGUAUAAUGCUGACCAUGUUAUGAGAUGGAAAAUUUUAAUGGCAGGAUUUUUUGUCACCAUUUUCCCAGACUGAGCAUUGGACUUGUUACACAUGUAGGAGGUGAUCUAGAGGCAGGAAAAUACACGUUAAAUACUAAGUAUGUUAAACAAGUCUCCUUAUAGAGAUUUUAGAGAUGAUGUGUCAUGAGAUUUAUUUUCUAUGUAAUGUUGGCAUAAAUUUGUGUAGCAUUAGAUGUUUCUUCAUUUACACUAUAAAUGACAUAUUUUAUUUCAUUUAUUUGCAAAUGUUUCAGUACAUUACACUGACUUUCAGGCAGCAUGGUUGACUAGGUUUUUAGAGUCAACAAUUAUAGUGACAAAUUACAACAAAUGAGCAGUCAUCGAAUAUCAAAUUUUAGUGUAAAAGUGAGUUACAAACUAUCUGUUACAAAGCUGUUCGAUUCAUCACAAUGAUUAUUACAAGGUACAGUCAGUACUAUCGUAACCCUCGUCUCCUUAAUCUUUACCUUUCAGAAAUACCGCAUGGGAUGGCAGACUUCAUCCUCUUAGAAUGUAAAUACCCUGUAGCCGAAAUUCACAGCAGAAACGGACACACAGUCAGACAAGCCAAAACAAUUAUUCACAUCCCUGUUGGUGAAUUAAAAUUAAGCGUUCAAUUUGCUACCCUAACGUGAAUUUUUUAAUGACAGUCUUCUUGCCACAGCUUCAUGUACUUAUUAUUAGCCACAGCGUAGGGUAUCCUCCAAAGAUACAUGUUGAGUGAUAAGCAGUGUCCUAAUCAAACCUACGCGAAAGCGCGUACACAUGUUGCUUGCAGUGUUUGUCUAAUUUACAGCUCGACAUGAAUUGUAUAUUUAUAUCGCCGAAAACUGCGAGUCGAGGGAAACUGCGCACGAGCAGUUUAUUGCGCCGUCGAAAAAUACAACUAAUUAAGCAGUCGCCGACCGAGAGGCACAAGAGGCGGCAGCCGUCUCCGUGGUCUGUCUGAGGGCUGUGCGCACAUGCCGUCCAAAUGUGAGGCAGGAGAGGUACACACGGUUGUGUCAGACAGUGUGCACAACGCCUACGCAACACUUGGGAGGCCAUCAUGGCUGAAUCCCCGCUCUCCGUGUGACUUCCUUCUUCAGCUAC